AUGAACUAUAUUGCUUUUAAUGGACAUAAUAUAAAUUUUAUUUAUUAUUUAUUAUUAAUUUUUUUAUUUAUAAAUUUAUCAUUUAAUUCUUUAACAACUAUUCAUGAAAUCAAUCAAGCUGUCUUUUUUAAUCCACAAACGAAUACAACAUUAAUUCGAUGUCCAUUAAAUUAUAAACAUAAUUUUAAUAUUCAAUGGUAUGAUGUAAUUAAUAAUCGAUCUGAAAUUGUUCGUGAAGAAUAUUAUCGUAUUUAUGGUUUACAACCAUAUGAUCGAGAAUUCAUUUGUUCGAAGAUUUCACACACAAGAAUUGAAACAAAUGAAAAAUAUAGAAUUAAAAUUCGAAUUUAUGAUCGUCCUCUACCUGUUCGGCAUAUUUCUGUUAAAAAAAGAACAAAUACAAGUUUAACUCUUCAAUGGAAAGAUGAUAAUUACAAUCGGAAUGCUAAUGUAACUUAUUAUCAUUUAAUUUUAAAACUUAAUAAUACAAUUCAAUUUCGUAUUUUCGUUAAUCAUACACAAUCAAAUUAUACAUUUUCAUCUUUAUAUUCAAAUACACUUUAUUCAAUUGAUAUAUCAACAGUAGAUAUUUGGAAACGCUAUAGUCGAAAUGUAACAAUAACUGCACGAACAUUAUCAUCAAAUAAAAAUGAAAAUAUCUCAUCACAUAAACUUAUUGAUAGUCAUUUACUUGAUCAAUCCAUAUCAUGUUAUCGUAUUAAUCAUCAAUUAUUAUUAAUUGAAUUUAAUCGUUCUAAAUUUUUAAUGCACAAUCAUAUCUAUAAUUUAACUAUAUAUAAUCAUGAAGAUUAUAUAGUAUUAAGUGAUAAGCUUUAUUCUUCAAAACAACAAUUACCUAUUAUUAAAACAUCAAAUUCAUUUAUUUAUGAUUUAAAAGAUAAAAAUUUAAGAUGUAAAAUAAAAUUAAUUGUAUCAACAAUUCAAUUAGAAUUUCUUGGAACAACUUAUAAAUAUUGUGAAGACUUUUAUCCUAUUUAUUCACCAUUAACUUGUUCAAUUAAACCAAUUAAUCAACAUAAAUCUCGUUUAAUGAUAAAUAUGCAUUUACAUAAUAAUCAUAAACAUAUAAUGACUAUUAAACCACAUUAUGUAUUCUAUCAAAUAAGUGAAAGUCGUUUUAUGAAAAAAAAUAUUUAUGAUAUUCAUAAAUAUGUAACUGCUGAUAUGAUUGAUGUAAAAGAAAAUUAUUCUAUUAUUGUGGAAAAUAAUCUUAUUGGUAGUAAUAAAAAUGAAAAAUUAAAUAUUUCAAUAUUAUGUUCAAUUAAUCGAAUAGAUGGUUUACAUAAUUUAUAUUAUUUUUCAUAA